CGUGAGGCGGCAGAGCCCUCUGGGGUGGGAUCGCCGGCCGUAAGUGGCUGUGGAGCUGGGGGCGCCGCGCGGUGGGACCAUGGCCUCGGAGCAGCCGCUGGCGGCAGUCACCUGUACCGCGCCGGUCAACAUCGCGGUCAUCAAGUACUGGGGCAAGCGCGAUGAAGAGCUGGUUCUGCCCAUCAACUCGUCCCUGAGUGUCACUCUGCACCAGGACCAGUUAAAAACCACCACAACAGCCGUCAUCAGCAAGGACUUCACCGAGGACCGGAUUUGGCUGAAUGGCCGGGAGGAGGACGUGGGGCAGCCGCGGCUCCAGGCCUGCCUGCGGGAGAUCCGCCGCCUGGCCCGGAAGCGGAGGAACGCGUGGGAUGGGGACCCACUGUCCUCCAGCCUCAGCUGCAAAGUGCACGUGGCAUCGGUGAACAACUUCCCCACGGCUGCAGGCCUGGCCUCCUCGGCGGCGGGCUAUGCCUGCCUAGCCUACACCUUGGCCCGUGUCUACGGCGUGGAGAGUGACCUCUCAGAAGUGGCUCGCCGGGGCUCAGGCAGCGCCUGCCGGAGCCUGUAUGGGGGCUUUGUGGAGUGGCAGAUGGGAGAGCAGACUGAUGGGAAGGACAGCGUCGCCCGGCAAGUGGCCCCCGAGUCACACUGGCCUGAACUCCGCGUCCUCAUCCUUGUGUUCCGGGCCGAGGCUGUGGUGCCGGCGCGCAUGGCGGAGAUGACCCGCUGCAUCCGGGAGCGAGACUUCCCCGGCUUCGCCCAGCUGACCAUGAAGGACAGCAACCAGUUCCACGCCACCUGCCUCGACACCUUCCCGCCCAUCUCGUACCUCAAUGCUGUCUCCUGGCGCAUCAUCCACCUGGUGCACCGCUUCAACGCCCACCACGGGGACACCAAGGUGGCGUACACCUUUGACGCGGGCCCCAAUGCCGUGAUCUUCACCCUGGACGACACUGUGGCUGAGUUUGUGGCUGCCGUGAGGCACAGCUUUCCCCCGGGCUCGAACGGAGACGCGUUUCUGAAGGGGCUGCAGGUGAGGACGGCCCCUCUCUCAGCUGAGCUUCAGGCUGCGCUGGCCAUGGAGCCGACGACCCCCGGUGGGGUCAAGUACAUCAUUGCCACUCAGGUGGGGCCAGGACCCCAAAUCCUGGACGACCCCAGCGCCCACCUCCUGGGUCCUGACGGCCUGCCGAAGCCAGCUGCCUGACCGCCUCAGCAGGACCGCACGCCACGUGGAGAAGGGGUGGCCUCGCCAGAGCUAGGGAGCGGGUGUGGUGGGCUCCGGACUACUGGGACAUGUGGGUGGUGGCUUGUCCCAGGGCCCAUGGACAGCUUGCUGUGGGGCCGUGCAGGGAGCCCUGCAGCUGCCCAGGUGUCAGGAGAGCUCCCUGCCGAGUGCUUCAGCUGCCCCAGGGCUUUGCCAAGAUGGGAUGGGGUGGGUAUGAGAGCUGGCAGAGCCUCGGUGCAGCAGGGCUGAAGGGCUCUCUCACCCCAGCUCCAGCUGCUCCCAGUUCUCUGAGACGGGAGCUCAGUGGGGAGGUGGUGUCCCUCCAUCGGACUAGGGAAGGGGUCACUGUGCUGGGAGCAGCCUCCUCGGGCCUCAGGAAACCACCAAGUGCCUUAGAUGGUGGCUGCCCACAGCACUUCUGCUGAGACCCUGCCCCAGGCCUAGGUGUGGCUGGAAUGGUGGUAGGAGUGGGCACCAGUGUGGCCCUGGUGGCCGUGGGGGAAUAAACCAGCAUUGCUGCCUCCUGC